UGGAAAAGUGAUUGUUCCUUCUUCUCCUUUUUCCUCUUCUUUUUCCUCUUCUUUUUCCUCUUCUUUUUCCUUUUCUUUUUCCUCUUCUUUUUCCUCUUUUCCAACCUUUUCUUAUUCCUCUUUUUCAACUUUUUCUUCUUCUUAACGUCCCGUAUGGUAUUAUUCUCCUAUUGAGCAUCGUCCUCCUUUCGCGCCACGGCUGGCCGACCUAAUUUUCUGUCCUCACUUAGUAUUUUCCUAGCUGGCGUUCUGUUCAGAAUAGGAGGGGGGGGGUAAAAUACUGAAAUUUGAAACCGGCGAGGUGCGCGAGCGAUCGGCGGUUCGUUUGGUGUCUGCCUGUCGGCAGCGCAAGCAGGCAGUUCGCUGCUGAGAGGGGUUCUAUCGGGACGCGGUGCGUGGGCGGGAGGGAUCGUCCACGCGCGCACGUGCGUCUAAGCCGCGUUGGUUUUGUGAGUGCGGGAGGCGGAAGUAAUGGCGGAGAUGGCGCGCGGGCAAGGUGCUAGAGGAGCAGUCAGGGUGGGCGCAGCGAUGCCAGCGGCCGGGCAAUCGUCGCGGUCCGGCGGGGCUCGACAAGCGGUCGCGGCAGCAGGAGGGGCCGGCGGGAUGGCGGCGGCGGUGGCGGCUGGCGCCGCGGGGCAGCAGCAGCAGCAACGCCCUCAUCGCUUCAUCUUUGAUCUGAUCCGCAUGCUCGCCUUCUGGUACUUGGCUAUGUCGAUGUUUGCACCCCGAAAGCCGUCAGAUCCCGGCCUGCUGAUGCGCAAUCUGUUCCAGAAGGGAGAGAAGCUUGACAUGUGGGUUUACCUCUCGGAAGACCUAGACUUCAAAGACUUCGCCGACGAAUCCUCGCUGGUCUGGCACGAGACAGACAUUCCUUACGCUAUGUACAACACCGAGAGUCAGAGGCGUUUACAAAUCACGUACGCACCAUCGGAGUCGGUGAAGAGAAACGGCUCUCUCUACGCACACGUGUUUUUCGCCAAGUCGGGAUACCCGGCGGACCCUAGCGAUCCGACCUUCGACCCGACCGCCGCGUUCGGACGGACUCAGCCGCUGAUCGUCUAUCACCCGAAGCCGAAGAUUGACAAGCGGAAGAACCUGCUGGGCGGCGAUACCGGCGGAGGCGCCUCCGAGGUAGUGAAUGGCGAAGAGGAGCGGAAGAAAUCGCAACAAGAACAACAGCAAGGGGUUGAGGAUGACGAAGGAGAGGACGAGGGGGAAGGAGGAGAGGGAGGGGGAGGACAAAAAGCUCCCGCCAAAUGGAUCUCGUAUUGGAAACCUAAUAUGACAAUCAAUCUGGUGGAUGAUUUUACUACGUACCAGCGCAACUCCAUUCCCGCUCAAUUGUACGGCUUCAUGAAUUUCGAUCCGAGGACUGGCAAUUACUUUCCGACUCUCUUUUUCAACGACUUUUGGAUUCUACGCGACAAAUUGAUUCCCGUGAAUGAGACUGUCGACACUCUGACGCUGUCUCUGGAAAUCGCGUCCAUAGCCAGGUGGAAGUGGGCGCUUCUGGUGCAAGUGGAUGAGGGCUUUGCCAUGCAUGCACGACUGGGCACCACCGUCGACGGCGAAUCUGAUGAGAUCAAGCGUGUGUUCCUCGAAGGCAAUCCAAUCUUGCUGGGGGUCACGGUGAUCGUCUCCCUCCUCCACACGGCUUUCGACUUCUUGGCCUUCAAGAACGACAUCGCCUUUUGGAAGGGCAACAAAUCCAUGGAAGGCCUGUCCGCCAGAACCGUCGUUAUUAACUUCGUUUGCCAGGUGAUCGUCUUUUUCUAUCUGCUUGACAACGAGACCAGCUGGAUGAUUAUCGCGAGUGCAGGGGUCGGUUGUGCUAUAGAGUUUUGGAAGAUUGGCAAGGCGAUGAACGUGAGUGUGGAUACGAGCGGCAAGUUCCCUAAGCUUAGGUUUGCAGAUCACAACACGUACGUUAAGAGCAAGACGAAGCAAUACGACGAUGAAGCGAUGAAGUACCUGUCGUAUGCGUUGUACCCGCUGGUUGUGUGCUAUGCCGUGUACGCGUUGAUCUACAAGUCUCACAAGAGUUGGUAUUCCUGGCUGCUUACCUCUCUCACCGGCUGCGUGUAUACCUUCGGAUUCAUCACUAUGUGUCCGCAAUUGUUCAUCAAUUACAAGAUGAAGUCAGUCGCGCAUUUGCCGUGGCGCCAAAUGACGUACAAAUUCCUGAACACAAUCAUCGACGAUCUCUUCGCCUUCGUGAUCAAAAUGCCCAUCCUCCAUCGAUUGAGCGUAUUUAGGGACGAUGUGAUCUUCCUCAUCUACCUGUACCAGAGAUGGAUCUAUCCGGUGGACAAGAAGAGAGUGAACGAGUUUGGAUUCGGAGGAGAGGAGGAAGGGGAGGGGGAGGGGACGUCGUCUUCGGCUGGCGGCGGCGCUGUAAGCACAGCAGGCGAAGUGGUGGCCCCCAGGGCGGAGGACGUAGCUGGCAAAACAGCGAAAGAGGGAGGAAGGGAGGAGGAGGAGGAAGAGGAGGAGGAGGAGGGAGGGUCGGACUCGUCUUCAACUCUCACGACAAGACGGCGAAGAAGAAAGGACGAUGGUGAGCGAGAGAAAGAAGUAACAGAAGCCCAGGGAGGAGGAGGAGAAGAAGGGGGAGGAGGAAAUGCGAACGCGCAGCUGCUGCGCAAAAGAGCUGGCGCCAGGAAGGAUGACAUCGUGGCCAGGGAGAACGAAGAGGAGGAAGCUAUGGCUGCAAGGAAGAAGGGAAAGGAAAGCGAUGAUGAGAGCAGUGAAGAGGAGGACGCUGAACGAUAUGAUCGGACGAUGACGAACGUGCAGUCUCGUAAGGGGGGCACACUUUCUGAGAAGAAGAGAAGAUGAUGAUGAUGACGGGGGCACAAUUUCUGAGAAGAGAAGAUGAUGAUGGUGGGGGCACAAUUUCUGAGAAGAUGAGAAGGUGAUGACGAUGAUGAUGAUGAUGAUUCAUCGUUGCUACCAAGGAAAGGAGUUUUGCAUUCUGUCACAGAUACUCGUUCUUGUUGUAGUUGUUAUCGAUGAUGACGGAGGUUGUAGGACUGAUUGUUGUAUACGGAGGGAGAGGAAAUUGAUGAUGAUGAGGUCGGUUUGCUCUUUCUCGUUUCUAGUACCUUUCAGAGAGAGAUAGGUUGUUUCUAGUAUACGUGAGGCAGGCUGAGGACGAGGACGAGGGAGAGCCAUUGUAUUGAGAAAAAAGAGUAUUGAGAAAAGAGUGUAGGAGAGAUAGUAAUGCUUUUUUCAUUUCUUUUUAUCACUUGUUUCUUGUCCACGUUGGAGUGGACGUGGCGACGUUGGAGUGCAGUGUACAUCGUUGUCUUUCGAUCUGUCAAGAGAAAAAUGUAUGGUUACAAAUUGGUUAAAAUUGAGUGAGGGAAAUACCGGGCGGGCAGAGAGGAGAGAUGACAGGGGAGGGGAGAGACAGAGAAAGAUGGAUGCUCUACGGGGAAAAAUGACAUACGGAGAGAUGAAACGGCUACAAUUGCCAGCCCUGUCCACUGUCAAUCGAGGGAAAUUUUUGCUUACACACACACACACACACACACACAUCGAGAGAGAGUUGGGCGAGAGAGAGAGAGAGAGAGAGAGAGAGAGAGAGAGAGAGAGAGAGAGAGAAUUGUAGGGCUCGAUUUAGGUGUGGAUGUAAUGAGAGGGGAACGUAUAUGGUUAGCCGCUUUGGAGAAAUAUGCCGUCCCGGUGGAUGAAGCAGAUGGUCGAACAUCUCCCUCCUUUUGCUGGUGACAUGUGCUCCAUUCAAUAAUAACGAUUGUCUGAGAAUGAAUGAGGAACGUGUUAAUCGAAUCAUUUUUCACUGAGAUUUGUGCAGUGGUGUCCUCUCCCUGUCUCCUCGUUCUCUGAAGGAAAGACGAAAGUAAAAGGCAGUCAGCAGA